AUGGGGGUUUUGGACCGUUUCUCGGCUUGCCAAAAUAAUAGCCUGGAGAUCCUCUAUUUAGGAGGCAAUUAUCUAGUAGGAAGUCUUCCGCAAUCAUUAGGAACAUUAAGGAAUUUGCAAGAACUUGACCUCAAUACUAAUUUCUUUUGGGGUUCAAAUCCGGCUUCUAUAGGGAAUUUGUCAUCCUUGGAAUUUUUGGAACUCUCUGAUAAUAAUCUCAAUGGCACAAUACCCGAAAGUUUCUGGAGACUAGCUAAGCUAUCAACCGUGAGCCUAGAAUCGAACCAAAUGGAAGGUCCUUCUUUUCCAGUUUGGCUUCUAGUUCAAACCAAUCUUUCCUAUGUUAUAGUCUCAAACGCUGGGAUUUCGGACAUCGUGGAAGAAGAAUGGCUUGCCAGAUUGUCUGGACAACUUCCAGAUUGUUGGAAUAAAUUGAGAAGCUUGAAAGUUGUGGAUGCCUCCAACAACAGCCUAUCUGGUGAAAUCCCAAGUUCCCUAACUUCGUUAUGUCACCUCAUUUUAUUAAUGUUAGGUGACAAUAAUCUUCAUAAUGAUAUUCCUUUACCACCAAAUAGUUGUCGGCAAUUUGGAUCUUUCAAACAAUCAUCUUAUUGGGUCAAUUCAGAAAAUUUCACCGCCUUGAAAUUUGGCAACAGAAGUUUGGACUAUGAAGAGUUAUUUGAUCUCCAGAAUGGCACAAUUAAUGAGCAAAUGAUGCUGGUCAAGAACAUUGACCUUUCCGAGAAUAAUCUUAUAGGAGAAUUCCCCAAAGGGAUAUGCAGGUUGGCUUUUCUGGACACGUUGAAUUUGUCGACAAAUUAUUUAAGUGGAAACAUUCCCGAUAACAUUGGUGACAUGCGAUGGUUGGAGUCCCUUGAUUUGUCGGUCAACAAUUUUUCAGGUCCGAUUCCUUCGAGCUUAUCAUCACUAACGCUCUUGAAUCACUUGAAGCUGUCUUACAACUUGUCGGAAAGAAUUCCAACAGGAUAUCAGCUCCAAACGCUCAACGAUUCAUCCAACUACGAAGGCAAUCUAUUGUUGUGUAGGGUUCCGCUCUUAACAAGGUGUCCAGAAGACAUUAACUCUCCUCCCACAUCAUCAUCUCUGGGUGGUUCAAAAGACAAGCUGUGGCUCUAUCUUAGCAUCACUAUGGGAUACAUUGUAGGAUUUUGGGGUGUUUGUGGUACCUUAGUUAUGAAAGAGUCAUGGAGGCAAGCUUAUUUCCAGUAUGUUGAUGAGCUGAAGGAAAAAUUGUUACUUUGGAUAGCAUUGACAGUUGCUCGCUCGUGA